GACUUUGUAAGGUCUUGUGAGAAUAAUUAAUAAAGUGGCCGUAUGCAUCGCCCAGAUGCAGAGGCCGGGGGUCAUCCUUCUUUUUUUUAAAAAAAAUAUGCUAUGCAGGUGAACAACGCGGCGCAGAUUGUUGCCAAGGCGAGCGUGGAGUGGACAUCGGAGGAGUACUCACACCUGAUGGCGACCAACCAAGAGUCGUACUUCCACCUCAGCCAGCUCGCGCACCCUUUCCUCCUCAACGCCUCCGUCGCCGGAGGAGGUAGCAUCGUCAACAUAUCCUCCCAUGCCGGCUCACUUGGCUUCCCUGGCCUCGCGCUCUACAGUAUGGCAAAAGGAGGAAUCAACCAGCUUACAAGGAGCCUUGCUACAGAAUGGGCCCAGAACAAGAUCCGGGUGAACUGUGUCGCCCCUAGCGCGACUAAGACCGACAUGUUAAACAGUCUAGGGCCGGAGAUCAUAGAAAACGAGUUGGCCAGGACUCCGAUGCGGCGAGCAGGCGAGCCAGCCGAGGUGGCGACUGUGGUGUCAUUUCUAUGUAUGCCGGCGGCAUCCUUCGUCACCGGCCAAGUCAUCACCGUCGAUGGUGGUAGGACCAUUAGUGGUUAGUCAAUUAAGAGUACCUUGCGAAUAAACUCCUGUGUGUGUUGACCACAAAGAGCGACAAAAUCCAACAAUCCAAAGACAUUUCGUGGUACGUAGGCAGAUCGAAAAGCAUGUGUAACAGCGUGAGGUAACUUUUGUAUUGAAGUGAAAGAAAGGCAAUCCGUAUAAAUAAUGGCUACAUGGGUGUUAAUUAGUUGU